CUGGGAACGCGGCGCAUGCGCGCGGGGUGCCGCCGGGCGUUAUGGCGACGAACGGGAUGGAGGUGGAGCCGGCGGCAACGCCGAGCGUGAUGGCUUCGGGAGUGACGGGCAGCGUCUCGGUGGCGCUGCACCCGUUGGUCAUCCUCAACAUCUCCGACCACUGGAUCCGGAUGCGAUCGCAGGAAGGCAGACCAAUUCAGGUAAUCGGGGCACUGAUCGGGAAGCAAGAAGGCAGAAACAUCGAAGUGAUGAACUCGUUUGAGCUUCUCUCACACACGGUGGAGGAGAAGAUCAUCAUCGAUAAAGAAUAUUACUACACCAAGGAGGAACAAUUCAAGCAGGUAUUCAAGGACAUGGAGUUCCUGGGCUGGUAUACCACUGGUGGUCCUCCAGAUGAAUCUGAUAUCCAUGUUCACAAGCAGGUGUGUGAAAUCAUUGAAAGCCCACUCUUCCUGAAGCUAAACCCCAUGACAAAACACACAGACCUUCCAGUCAGCGUCUACGAGUCUGUCAUUGAUAUCAUCGUCGGAGAGGCCACCGUGCUGUUUGCCGAGCUGACCUACACGCUGGCCACCGAGGAGGCCGAGCGCAUCGGGGUCGACCACGUGGCCCGCAUGACGGCCACUGGCACGGGCGAGAACUCCACAGUGGCCGAACACCUCAUCGCCCAGCACAGCGCCAUCAAAAUGCUGCACAGUCGGGUGCGGGUGAUCCUGGAGUACGUAAAGGCCGUGGAAUCAGGUGAAGUGCCGUUCAACCACGAGAUCCUGCGAGAGGCCUAUGCCUUGUGCCACCGCCUGCCCGUGCUCAGCACCGACAAGUUCAAGACGGACUUCUACGAUCAAUGUAACGACGUGGGCUUGAUGGCGUAUCUGGGCACCAUCACCAAGACCUGCAACACCAUGAACCAGUUUGUCAACAAGUUCAACAUCCUGUACGAUCGCCAGGGCAUUGGCCGUCGUAUGCGGGGCCUCUUCUUCUGAGUCACUGAGACUGUUCUGUAUCCCUCCCCUGUCUCCCCGUCCCCAUCUCCGUUUCCCUCCCCAUCGGGCCUCUGUUGGGUGGGCAUGUCAGCCGCCUGAAGUCUGAGACACCCCCGUCCCCUCCCAGCUCCACUGCUACCCUCUCCCAUCAAACCACUCCCCUCCCUCCCCUCAAACUACUCCCCUCCCUCUCCCCUCAUACCUACCCCCUCCCCGCUGCCCGAGUGCUCUUUGGAGAGAGGCUGAUGCCCCCGUGCCGCUCCAGCCUCGCACGUUGUUUGCCCGCUGUUGCCCUCUGGCUCUGCUGACUCCUUGUUUGUAACAGGUUACAUCUGGCCGUGUCUGUGUGUGUGUG